CAGGCCUCGGGCCCUCAGGCGGAGCGGCGGGCGCCGGACCCCCGGGUGGAGCGACAGGUCUCGUGCCCUCAGGCGGAGCGGCGGGCGCCGGACCCCCAGGCGGAGCUACAGGUCUUGGGCCCUCAGGCGGAGCGGCGGGCGCCGGACCCCCAGGCGGAGCGACAGGUCUCGGGCCCCCAGGCGGAGCAGCGGGCACCGAGUCACCAGGCACGACAGUGGGGCUCCGAGUCAACUGGCAUGACCGCUGGCACUAGGUCAGACAUUGGGUCGUCUGGCUGGACAGCGGGCAUCGGGUCACCAGGCAUCAGGUCAUUUGGCUCGACAGCGGGCACCGUGUCAUCUGGCAAGGCAGUGGGCUCCGAGUCAACUGGUAUGACCGCGGGCACUGGGUCAGACAUUGGAUCGUCUGACCGGACAGCGGGCAUCGGGUCACCAGGCAUCAGGUCAUUUGGCUCG